GUUGGUGAUAUCAGUGGGCGCGCACUCCCCCUUGUGUUUCCUCGCCAGACAGGUCUUCUCCACGCGCCCAGAUGAGUGACUACGCGAUCAGCUUCAUCAAGGACUUUCUGGCUGGCGGAGUUGCCGCUGCCAUUUCCAAGACGGCAGUGGCGCCCAUCGAACGUGUGAAGUUACUGCUGCAGGUCCAACAUGCCAGCAAACAGAUUACAUCAGAAACACAAUACAAGGGGAUCAUAGACUGCGUUGUGCGCAUCCCCAAGGAACAGGGAUUUUUAUCUUUUUGGCGUGGAAACCUGGCCAACGUGAUCAGGUAUUUCCCAACUCAAGCCCUUAACUUCGCCUUUAAGGACAAAUAUAAGAAGAUCUUCCUUGGGGGCGUCGAUCAGAAGACGCAGUUCUGGCGUUACUUCGCCGGGAAUCUGGCAUCGGGCGGGGCGGCUGGUGCAACCUCCUUGUGUUUCGUUUACCCGCUGGACUUCGCCCGAACGCGACUGGCAGCUGAUGUGGGCAAGGCCCUGAACGAGAGAGAGUUCACCGGUCUGGCCAGCUGCAUCACCAAGAUCUUUAAAUCAGACGGUAUUAGAGGCCUGUACCAGGGAUUUAACGUCUCUGUCCAGGGCAUCAUCAUAUACCGAGCUGCCUACUUUGGAAUCUAUGACACCGCAAAAGGUAUGUUGCCGGAUCCCAAGAACGUGCAUAUUCUGAUUAGCUGGAUGAUCGCACAAACUGUCACAGCAGUGGCGGGACUGGUGUCCUAUCCAUUUGACACCGUCCGCCGGCGGAUGAUGAUGCAGUCAGGUCGGAAGGGAGCUGACAUUAUGUAUUCGGGCACAAUCGAUUGCUGGAGAAGGAUUGUGAAAGAUGAAGGACCUAGAGCUUUCUUCAAAGGUGCCUGGUCAAAUGUGUUGAGAGGAAUGGGUGGUGCUUUUGUACUGGUUCUGUAUGAUGAAAUUAAGAAGUUUGUCUAAGAUCCAAUGGCAUCCAUCUACCCUUCUUCAUCAUUUUAAAUUAUACAACAUUAGAAAACUGUAAUAUAUUGUUGUAGGACAAUGGUUUAACGAUGAGCGUACCAUUACGAAAUCGAAUGUCUGAAUAAAAGCAGUUGCAGGUUGGGGACUCAAUGAAUGUGAAAGGGCUUAAUGCAUUAUUAAGAGUCAUAGUCACCCUUUGGGUUUGUCAUCCAUGUAUUAAAUUCCAUUGCCUAAUCCCCAUGCCAACUGUAUAUAUUUUAUUUAGGAGUUUAUCAUUUAUUUUUUCCCUGGGUGGUGACAUAUUGCUGUAUUUAGUACUUAUAGUCUAGGAAUGGUUAUAUUCUAAUUACAACUGUUAUGCACAUUGUUUAGCAUUGAUCCUAAUUGAAACAAAUUUAUUUAUGGUCCUAAUUAAAUCAAAAGUAUUUAUUAAGACUGCCUCAUGUAUACAAUUUUCAAUAAAACUUUUGGUCUUGAUUUGAGCUGAUGCUUAUAUUAAGUUCUUGACCAUCCAUUGCAGCACAGACAAAGCAACUUGAAAUAAAACUCAAGCAGCACCAAUAGAGCCUUUCUGGACAACUGCAUAAUUGUUGGAAAGGAUAUUACAUUUUCAUGGCAGCAAUUUGAUUUUUUUAAAAUGUUACAUUUAGGUCAAACAUUUAUAUUCCACUUUUAACAAUGUCUAGGCAUUAACACAAAGAGCUUAUGCUUAGAACAGCAACAAGAAUACACGUCAACCUCUCUCACAAGGGGAUUAGAAUCAAAUUGGAAAGUAUGACUAUGUUUCACUGAACAUUAAUUAGGACUCAACAUCUGGAGUACGCUGUGCAGUUUGGGGAAGUAGGCCUUAAGAUAAAGAUUGAGGCAGUACAGAGUCACUGAUGCAUUCCUGAGUUUAGAAUGAGAGGUAACAUUCAUUCCUUGUACCCCCAUCACACCAUGACUUCAGUGUGUAUCAUCUGCAAAUACACUGUAGUUACUCAUCUAGGCUACUCCAAAAGGAUCUCCUAAACUCAUAUCAAGAUCAAGGUCACAGGUCCAAUGGGAACCACUAAGUUACAAACCAUCCUGACAGAAAGUAUAUCAUUGCUCUUUCAAUGACACUGGGCGUCAAUCCUGAAACUCCUUACCAAAGAGCACUGUGGGAGUACUUUUACCCGAGAGAUUACAGGAUUUCAAGAAGAUGGCUCAACACCCUCUCCUCAAGUGCAGUUAAUGAUGGGCCAUAAUUGUUGAUACUCCUAUAAUCCAAAAAAAAGUAGAAAUACACCUAAUAAUUCAGGGAUUUAAUAGUACAAAUAAACUAUUCUCUCCAUUGGGAAGGGGUGAGUCCAGAACAAGGCAUAACUCAGAACUAUGCCAGCUAGCAGUGUUAUCAGGAAGAAUUUUUCAUGUAAAUACACUGAAAGGCUGUGCAUACUGAAUAAAAUUAAAGCUUCAAAAUUCAGAUUCAUCAAGUUUUGUUGGGCAAGUUAUUGAAGAGGGGAUAUGGAACAAAAAUAUGUAGCGGUGAGCAGAACAGGGAGUGGAAUUACAUACUCUUAUGCAAUGAAGUCUGGAGGAAAUCCUCUUACAAACACGAGCUAAAGUAGACCAUGACUCAGUUAAGUCGCAACAGUGACUGGCUCACUUUACAGAGUGCUUGAUACAUUUUUAUCGAAGAGAUCAAAAUGCUGUCUUCCAAAUGCUCACCUCUACCUAGCUUCAUAUGGUUUUGAAUCAAAAAUACCAAUGUGCACAAAUAAAAAAAACCUUUUGCCUUAAAACAAAAGUUAGUGCUCAACAUCUUGAAUACGUUAUCGGUAAAUUUAAAAUCAUACUAAUACCUUCUUCAGAGUGGGCACCACGAUUAAAUUUAAACAAAAUGUUUGCCUUUGUCCCAACAACUAAAAAGUAGCGUGAUGGAGAACAGAGUAUUAGUGAUGAUGAAUAUUAAUUCAGCAAACAGACACAAACAAAUCCAGUACAUGAAAGGACAGCCAGUUAAAAUAUGACUGCAGAGGAAAAAAAAAUCAAAACACUUGCCCAACUUCACUUUCUGGGGAAUAUAUGUUGCAUUUUGAAUUUUCAUUCAAUAUUGUAAAGAAACAUCACAAUAUUAAUACAAACUACCUUUUUCAUGAAACUGGGUAAAUUACUGAAUUGUGAAUUUUUAAGAAUUUCUUUUAAGAAUAUCAUACAUCAUUUUUACAUUUCUACUGCCUUUAUUGAAUGGCAUAUACAAGUUAAAGUUAAACAAUUAAAAAUACAGACUCUCUUCCCUCAAAUACUUCUUGAUCCUUUAAGAGUAAUUAAAAAAAAUCUGCCCAAGUCUUAGAAGUCAUUGCCCUCUAUUCAUUGGCUCUUGCAAUAUCUUCCUAUAUAUCUCAGUUGGGAUGCAUGACAAAGUUUGUUGCUAGAUAGGAAUUUCCACUUUUUUCUCUAGCUUAACUUCUAUCUCUUCAACAAUCUUUCUCUCAAGCGUACCAAUGGUUAAAAUUAUGUACAAUUAUUAGUGUUGAACUGACAAAUGCCCACAUUUUUGGGGUUAAGUCACCUGCACAGUUAAAACAGAUGACAUGGCAGAAGGAAACAGCUAAUUUUCUCUUGAUGCUGAGAGGAAGAGAGUGGAGAUUUGUCAUUGUUAGAACAUCACCUUGGCAUACUUCCAGUAAUUUACAAAAUGCUAACAUUUGAUUAAUGCACAUGUGAAGGAUCUUAUCAAGUGAUUGAUUUGGAAAGAAGUAUUUGCGUAAUUUAACUG